AUGGGGCUAGAGAAAAGCAUUAAGGCUAAUGGCGAGAUGCUAGAGAAAAAAGAUGAGCAAGACAAUGAAAAGAAGCAUCAUCAUCAUCCACGAGGAGGCAUUAGAACAUUGCCAUUCAUUCUAGGAAAUGAAUUGUGUGACACAUUUGCUGGGGCUGGUUUUAAUGCUAACUUGAUAAGUUAUCUGACCCAAGAGCUGAACAUGCCAUUGGUAUCGGCCUCCAACACGCUUACAAACUUUGGUGGAACAUCUAGCUUCACCCCUCUCAUCGGUGCUCUCAUUGCAGAUUCCUUUGCUGGCCGAUUUUGGACCAUUACUGUUGCUUCUCUCAUAUAUGAACUGGGAAUGGUUAGUAUAGCUGUAUCAACUAUAAUGCCACAUAUGCGCCCUCCACCAUGCCCAACACAAGUGAAUUGCAAAGAAGCCACAUCCUCGCAACUGGGGAUACUCUACCUUUCUCUACUCCUCACAUCUAUUGGAUCAGGUGGCAUUAGACCUUGUGUUGUGCCCUUUUCAGCAGACCAAUUUGAUAUGACCAAAAAUGGAGUGGCAUCUAGGAAGUGGAACCUCUUCAAUUGGUACUCUUUCAGUAUGGGAUUCGCUACUCUAAUUGCUUUGACCAUUGUGGUUUUCAUUCAGGACAAUAUGGGUUGGGGCUGGGGCCUUGGAAUUCCCACCAUUGCCAUGUUGAUAUCCAUCAUCGCCUUUGUAUUGGGCUUACCACUCUAUAAGACUGUGAAACCUCAAGGGAGCCCUUUAGUUCGUUUGGCCCAAGUAAUUGUGGCAGCUAUAAAGAAGAGGAGGGAAGCAUUACCAGAUGAUCCUAAACUUUUGUACCAAAAUCGGGAACUUGAUGAUGCUAUUUCUUUGGAAGGAAGGCUUUUACACUCGGAUCAAUUUAAAUGGUUGGACAAGGCUGCAAUAGUAACAGAGGAGGAGGCCAGAGAUCCAAAUGCACCACCAAACUUAUGGAAAUUAGCCACUGUCCAUAGAGUUGAAGAGUUAAAAUCUAUCAUUAGAGUGCUUCCAAUUUGGGCAUCAGGAAUCUUACUCAUAACUGCAUUAUCACACCAGCAUAGUUUUGUCAUUCAACAAGCUCGUACAAUGGAUCGUCACCUCUCACACUCAUUCCAAAUUCCACCAGCUAGCAUGUCUAUUUUCAGUGUGGUAACCAUGAUGGUAGGAAUUAUUCUCUACGAACGCCUUUUUGUUCCCUUUGUUCGUAGGUUCACUGGGAACCCUGCUGGAAUCACAUGCCUACAAAGAAUGGGAGUAGGUUUUGUGAUUACCAUUAUAGCCACGUUAGUUUCAGCACUGGUUGAAAUAAAAAGGAAAGAAGUUGCUGCAAAGUACCACUUAUUGGAUGAUCCAAAAGCCAUCAUUCCUUUUAGUGUGUUCUGGUUGGUACCACAGUAUUGGCUACAAGGGGUUGGUCAAGUUUUCAUGUCUGUUGGGCAUAUGGAAUUUCUCUUUGAUCAAUCACCUGAAAGUAUGAGAAGCAGUGCUGCAGCACUGUAUUGUCUAACUGCAGCCAGUGGGAACUAUAUGGGUACAUUAUUGGUAUCAUUAGUGCAUAAGUAUACUGGAGAAGAGAGGAAUUGGCUGCCUGAUAGGAACUUGAACAGGGGUAGAUUGGAGUAUUAUUAUUUUCUUGUUAGUGGGAUUCAAGUUAUAAAUCUCAUUUAUUAUUUAAUAUGUGCUUGGUUUUACACUUACAAGCCCUUGGAAGAUAUUAGUGAAAGGAACAAGGAAGAAGAUUUGGAAACAAGCCAAUGA